AAGAAAAAUCAUGACCAUAGUAUUUACAGUAUCAGCACCGGGAAAAGUUAUAUUGAAUGGCGAACAUUCUGUGGUAUACGAUAAGCCAGCCCUGGCUGGAGUGGUUGGAUUGCGAACGAACGUCACUCUUAAAGAGACUGAUAACGAUUAUGUGAAAGCCGUAUUUGAUUCAUUCCCCGACAUAUCACCCAGCUAUCAUUUGAACACUUUAAAUGAAUUGCUCAAGAAACUACAGAAAAAAUUCAAUGUCGUUGACCUGCUCAACGAAUUGGAGACUGAACACGACGCAUUUCUGGUAAUAGUACAACAAUUUGUUCAAGAGAACACACAAUUGGAUGGCAUCAGUGACGAGCAAAAGAGUAUUAUGCACAAGAUCAUGACGGGCAUAGUGUAUUUGCUUGCAGCUUUGGAAGUUAACUACGCUGCAUCGAAUGGCAUUGAAUCGGCCUUGAAGCGAGGAUUCAAUAUUGAAUUCAAGAGUCAAAUUCCGAUUGGUGCCGGUUUAGGUAGCUCAGCAGCGUUUGCUGUUUGUGUUGCCGCCAUAUUUCAUGUGUAUGCAUUAACACAUUCACAGCCAAACUUUGUGCGAACAUUCGUUGAGACAGCUUCCGAAGAAGAGCGUCAAUUUUUCAAUAACACGGUGUCAUCGUGGGCCUAUCAAUCCGAACGUAUUAUGCAUGGAACACCGUCUGGCCUUGAUAACACCGUUUGCACAUUCGGCAAUGUUGUUCAGUACACGAAAACACCCAAGAAAUUCAUCAAUAUCGCACUUAAGUCGCCUAUCAACAUAAUGCUCGUCAAUACGGGCGUUAGCCGGAACACAUCGGAAAUCGUACACAAAGUGAGAGAAUUGAAGAACGAUCACACCAAUGUGAUUGAGUUUAUCUUUGAUGCGAUGGGUGCACUUGUUGAUGACGUUGUUCAGAUUCUAGAGAAUGUAAAUGAAGUGUCCGAUGUAGAGAAUUACAUGCAGCUCAAGCGACUUUUUUACAUAAAUAACAAUUUGCUACGUGCAUUGGGUGUUUCGCAUCCAGUGUUAGAAGAGAUCUUUGCGACUAGCGAGCGUCUUGGUUUUUGUGCCAAAUUAACUGGUGCCGGAGCAGGAGGGUUUGCUAUCAUUCUACUGCCGCCGUCCUAUGCUGGUUCCAAGGCAUUCCACAAUUUAUCAAAGGAGCUAAGUCAUUUUGAAACAAAUGUGACCACAAUUGGAGGGACUGGCUUACAAAUAUCCGAAUAAUACAGACAAAAAAAUAGCCACUUAAUAAGAGCUUAACUAUAUCUCGCUGGUGCUGGUCUUUCGUAGAGCGAUAGUCAUAGAUAGAAAUUUAAAGAGAAGCAAAAAUACAACACAAGAAUAUAUACUCAUUUCGCGUACAUUCAUAUAAAUGAAUGAGACGAUAUUAUUUAUUUUUCUGGCUUAAAUAAUAAUAGAUAUUACAAUAUUCCCCUAUGUAAAGUAUUACAACAACAAAAAAUGACAAUAAUAAAUUGAUUAAAUGGAAAUUGGUAACGGAAAA